AGUGUCAAUGGGUCUGUGAGAGGGAGGGGGUUAGUGGCUCGUGCCGCCUCCUGCCCUGCCUCGUGUGGCCUGGAGAUUCCGUUAUAUAUUGCUUUGGUUGAACUGUUCGUCUGCACACCGCACUCCACCGUCUCGUCCAGGCAGUGAAGAGGAGGAAGGUCGCGUUGUGGUAGACGGUCGAGUGUCCUGCGCCACCAUGGGCGAGUCAGAGGAGCGCAUUGUGAUGACGCCGCGGGGCAAGACGGCGAACUCCACAACCAUCAUGGUGGAGCGCCGCAAAGUGGUGUCCCAGGAGGGCAAUGUGCAUGUGGGUGGCGGCCAGCACUCCGGCAUCAUCAUCAACAAGGAAGCACGGCCUGAAGACGUGGAGGACACGGCCGCUCACCUGCAGCUGGAGUUCAAGGUGUUCCUAGUCAAUGCUCAGACACAGAAGCACACCCAAGAGAGUCGGCAGCUCAGGUUCUGGUUCCUAAGUCAUGUUCCAGAGAAGGAAAGGAUGAGGAGUGCCCAGGAGUUCUUCAAGGAGUUAGUGGCACCACUGGAGUUUCCUAGAGAUUAUGUUGGGUUUAUAAAGAAGAUAAUGAAGAUGAUGCAGCACAAGUACAAGAUGAUCAGCAAGGUGGAGGUGGAACUCAAGCAGCUGGAAGAGUCCGACAAGCCUCCCACCAGACCCACGAGGGCAGGCGCCGCUCUUUACACAGUGGGCCGCAGUGAGCCAGAUGCAGUGGAGGACCAGACACCCGCGCUGAGUGAAGAGAAGGUGCUGGAGAUGAUUGAGUCAUCAUAUCCUAACCCAAUCACUCUAAAAGAAAUGGCAAAGCGUGCAUCAUCAACAGUGGACCAGGUGAAAGAGUUCAUCGCCAAGCUGGCUGAGAAGGGACUCAUCAAGGCCAUGACGACUGACUGCUACACCAGAGUGGUGCAGAAUGAAACUGAUGUUAAGGUGGUGAGACAGAUGCCCACCAUCACCUCCAAGAAGCAGCCCACCAUUGCCAUCAUCACUGCCCACUACUGUGAGAAGCUUGCUGUCGACACCAUGAUAGAGAACCAGGAGACCUUUGUGCGCUACACCACUGUUGGAGAAAGCAACAUCUACACUCUGGGCAACAUUGGGGCACACAGGGUAGUGUGCACCAAACUUCCUACUGUCGGCCAUGACCGCUCCGCCUCCAUUGCCGCAGGAAAUACCACCACCAGGCUGCUGGGAACCUUCCAAAAGGUGGACCAUGUGUUCCUGGUAGGCACAGCAGGGGGAGUGCCACACUACACAGACUACCACAAGCAUGUCAGGCUUGGAGAUGUGGUGGUGGCAACCCCACCAGCAGGACAGAAAUUCAUCUACAUGUACUGUGAAGAUUCCAAGAUCCUAGAAAAUGGUUCGUAUGAAUUUGAAACCAAGUCCUGGGGACCACCUGACCUCAGCCUGCAGAACAUUGCCUACCAACUACAGCAACAGGGGCUAGAGAAGGAUGGUCCCAUGCCCUGGAUUGAGUACAUGAAGGCAGGUAAUGCCAAGCUGCAGGAGCAAGAGAUGGACUUCUCCCGGCCCAGUGAGUCCACUGACAAGCUGUACAUGAGUAUUGGUGGGUCAGAUGUCAUUGAAGUGUCCCAUCCUCUGCCUCCUGAAGGGAGUGAGAAUGUGAGAGAUCCCACCAAGCCGCGUGUCCACCUGGGUGUCGUGGCAUCCGGCCGCUCUGUGGUUGACAACGACCAGAUGCGCCAGGAUUUUGCCUCCCAACUGUCAGUGGUGGCAUACGACCAGGAGUUUGAUGCUGUGGUUGAGUCAGUGUAUGGCAAUCGCAAAGACCAGUAUGUGUUCAUCAGAGGAAUUUGUGACUACAAGGAUGGGACACACAACAAGGACUGGCAGCCGUAUGCAGCACUGGUGGCAGCGGCAUUCAUGAAGUCAGUGAUCUGUGGGAUGGAGCCACCUGCUGAUGACUAGUUCGCUCACUAAGAUAUCAUCUGGUUAUUGUACAGGGUGGUGCACAAGUUGCCUUACACCACUGAUGAACAAGAAGCAUCAGUCUAUGUAGAGCAACUUAUGUGUUGUCCUGUAUUAAUGUUAUCAAACAAACAAAUUCUAUAAAUGCCAUAGGUAACACAUUGUUGUAUAUUUUUGAAUCAUAUUUUUUUCAUGGUUGAGAUCAGAAUCUCUUGAAUAUUUAUGAUAGUAUAUAUAGAUAAUGUAUACAUAACAGAAAACUAUCUUAAUCUUGUUACAUUAUUUUCUUCUUCAAGAUUGAGUGGAGGAUGCAGUGCACACAGUUUAUAAAUCUCAAAGUUAUUUUCUCAAUUUUCAUCACCAAGCAAGGCAGCACAAAGGAGAGAUUAUCCUGUGCUGGUACCUGUGAUGUAGCAUUAGUGUAGCACAGACCACACACUCUCGGCAGCUGUACGGAGAGUCACUCACAUCUGGUGGUGGAAUGAAUGGUGGAGAAAGAGAGAGGCUCCCGAAUGACUCAGUUCAGUCAGCGUGUGCAGUGCAUCCCUCACCGCCUGGUUAAAGUAUCAGCUGGAAACACACACAUAUCGGAUUUUCCAGGAAUGCCAUGUGCUGUGUAUUGUCCUGUAAAUCUUGUUGCUCUUGUGAGGUCUUAUUUUGUCUGUUCAUAAUAUUCUUUUACAGAUUCUGCUCAAGGAUUUCAUGAGCAUUACAAAUGCUUUAUGUGACACAUUGCAUUUUGUUUGUGAUAAGUCAUUGUAUUCAUGUUCCUCAGGACACUAGCAGAUACAAAGAGGAGUAGAAGAUAUGUAUAGAACUUGCACGCAACAUUGACAAAUACAGUAUUGAGGCUGCACAGUGACAGAUGAGCACCUGAGUCUCACUGAGAUGCUGCUGCUCAGUUGGUUCUCUCAUUCCAGUGCAUUUUGUCUUAAUACAUGCUGGCACAGAGCAGCAUGCAUCUUUUGUCAGCCACUCAUGAGUGAAGUUAUGACACUUGUGAAACAUUGUGGUAAGACUGAUGAAACCUUAAUUUACCAAAUUGAAAGCAAGAUCAUACUGUAAUGUUUCAAGCUAUAAGAGGACUGGUAAGGAAUAUUGGAGGAACAGGAUGACAUGAGCAUAUAUGGUAGUAAGAAAGGAAAGAUUGGAUGCCUGAAUAUUAACAAUGGAUUGAACUUUCCAGUAGUAUUGAAAAUGGAAUUGAAUUAAAAACAAAGUUGAUGCAAAUGGAGAAUGUCCACAACGUUAAAUUGAUUAAAGUACAUAAGGAGAUGGGACAACAUAAGCUCAACUCAAAUCCUGUAUAUUGCAACUAAUUAAAUACAGGAACUCACAGGAACUCACUUGCCUGCCCAGUGAGGAAGACACAUUCACAAGGGAACAAACAUUACAACUUAUGGAACUUUGUGUGACUUAUAAAUGAAGUGCUUCUUUAAAGACAUGUCAAGUAGUUUAUACCAUUAGAAAUGAAAUAGUUUCCACAUUUCAAACACAGACAUCAUUUGCUAGAAUCACAACAACUUGUACACUUCAUGGCACAGCUUUACAUUACAUGCAGAACUAAUGGUUUGUGAGAUACCUUCUGUAUAAUGUGCACCACAAGAUGAUGUUGGUUCCUUUCCAUGAGGAGACAAACACUUAAGUCUUCCCAGCACAAACAGCACCACAUCCACCAAAUAAAACAGCUGUUUUGAAAAUAUGUGCAACUUUGUAUUCUGUGUCCAUGAAUCUUCUUGCUUCAAUAUUUUAAAACCAAUAUAAUGCUUGUGGUAGACCUUGUCCAGUAUCCUUGCACUUCUCUCAGCUUGCUCACCACACAUGAUAGUCCAGUUGCUGCUAGCAUGAUAUCAAUGCAAGACCAAAA